AACUCCAAUGCAGGAUGAAUGAUCAUUUGGACUAAGAAGAUAAAAUGGCUCCCAAACCACCUCCCAAACCACCUCCCACACCUCCACCACGAAAGAAUUUUUUCGAGCGAUUCAGUGACUACCUGGAUUCGGAUCAAGGCAGAAAAAGAACUGCAAUACUGGUUUUACUCUUCUUCGUUCUUGCUGUGUUGAUGUUCUAUAUGUACAAAGCUGAAUUGAAUAAGGGUCGGGACCUUAAACUGGCAGUGGCUUCAAUUCGACAAUUUGCUUUGGAAUAUGAUCCAAGUUUACAAGGCAAAACUGACAUGGAAGUUCUCGCUGCGGUUCAUCUCCUUACGUUGCAACUGUUGAACUGGACCGAAAAGAACGAAGAGCUAGAAAAGGAACUGAAAAUUCUUACUGAACUACUACCCGGCUGGGUAGCUUUUGAAAAAAAUCUCUAUUACUUUUCUCAAGUACGGAAAACUUGGUUCGCUGCUCGUGAUGACUGUUUAGCACGGCAUACUGCAGAUUUGGUUACUUGUAAAUAUGGUGAAGAACAAGCCAGCACUUUCACCACUCUAGCAAACGGGCUCUUGCUGGGCAAGGAAAUCAUUAUGGGGCUGAAAGAAAGGAGGUUGGAUCCCAGAAGCAUGAAUCAAUCCAGCCAUGGCCCCAACCCAGAAAAAUCUAGCCUGGGUCCAAGAGGACGUGAUUGGCCAACCCUUUGCUUCUACGAGCAUUGUCCAGAAAGAACUGGGCUGUUUCCUGAGCGAUGCCUUUGCCAGGCCGAUUGGGUAAACAAACCCACCACUAACCGGAUGCUGAUACAUCCUGCCCUUGGGAAGUUUGGUUCUGGGCUAAAGGCCAGCCUAAUGGUGGAAGCAGAGAAACCUGCGUUGUCUCCAUACCUCCCUGCAGGAGACAGCUAUGAUCCCAACAAGGGAUCCCCAAAAUGGCAGGAAUAUCGGUGA